AUGGACGGCGGCGGGGGGAGUUCGGGGAGUGGCGCCGACGUAUUUGGCUCCUCCACCGCGCCUCUUACCUGGCACGACUUCCUCGAGAGGAUGCGCCACCCCUCGGCAGCCGAUUUUGUGAAGUCCAUCAAAAGGUCAGCUGAUUUGUCGUUGAAACCUCCUUCCCCUUGCCCAAAUUCGGGCCGUUGUUCUUGAAUUUGCGGCUUCAGGAACCGGAUCUUUGGCGAUGACCCUGGUAAUUCUCGCAUCUUUCAAUGUCGACGCAUGCGACCGAACAUGCCUCUUGGCUCCCGAUCUCUAUUCCCUGGAUGAAUCUGGCGACGUGUGCUUGGAUUUGGAUUUUCUUUAAAAUAUUCUAAAAUUUUAAGCCACCUUUUUGCCCAAGCUUGCGCAGUUCAAGAUUUUUAUUGGACUUGGAUAAUUUCUGUUGAUGCUGUAGUACAGAACCGUAUUUUCGAUCUCAUAAUUUCUUUUUGUUGUCUUACAAUGCUUUCCUGGAUGAUCAUAAACGCAUUGCUUGAUGUAGUUCUCAGAGUGUGGAGUAAUAGGUUGUAUACCCGAUUGUUUGGCUAUUGUCAGUCUAUUCCAGUCCUCCAAUCCGUUGAAAGACGCUGCAUUAGACCUUUCUUCAUGGGGAAGCGGAUAAUUGAAAUAGCUCUGGGUGCUAAUCUAAACGUAGCUUGAUAAACAUGCGGAGGGACAAAAGGAUGGUCUGGACGGGCAUUGACAUAGAAAUCUGCAAUUCUCCAAUAAGGUAUAGGCCUUGCAGUUAUUUCUGUCCUAAAAGGAUUCCCUAGAAACCCCUUAUGUAAGAAUGCAGUGGACUAUAAGGAAAUAAUGGAAGCUCAUAAGUUGAACGAAUAUAGAUGAAUAACGUCAUUUUUAAAUGAAGUCUAGCUAACCUGGACUGGAUAUCACGUCAGCUCUAAAGUGUUACCAUGAAGGCACAAAAAACUCUGAUAUGCCAUCCUUAAAAUAGACUAAACUUUUCCUCCCUGGAAGUAGAGAAUCUACUCUUCUUGCUUGCCUUGCAUCAGUGUCAAAUAAUUUAUGUAGACAUGAAAUGACUGACUUUCUCUAACAUGGUAAAAAAUGUAAAUAAAAUAAAAUAAAAACAAAGGGAGAGCAAAAGUUUCAGUUUCUAUGUUCAUCAAAUAAAGCUCAUGAUACACUUUUUACUGAGAAAUGUUUUACUGAAUCAUGGCAGCUUCAUCGUUUCAUUUUCGAAUAAGGUUCCUGACUCUGAAAAGGAUAGUGCUGCUGUACAAGAAUUUCUUGCCAAUAUGGAAGCGGCUUUUAGGGCUCAUUCCCUUUGGGCUGGUUGUUCAGAAGAAGAGUUGGAAAGUGCUGGAGAGGUGAGCUUUUUAACAGCCAUUCUUGAUCAUUUUAUGGAAAAUGCAUUUAUCUUUCUUAUUUGGAUGGAAUAUUUCUAUUUGGAACGCUAUGCUAACGAUCAGGACUUUAUUCACUAGCUGAUGAAUCAUCUUUCCUCAAGGAAACUAUUGUUGUUCCUUCGUGACUUCCUUUUGAUAUUUGCCUUCGGAUAAAGUUUAUUAAGUGUUCAUUAGUAAUAUCUGAGGGUAUUACUUGGGCACUUGGCUUUUGAGGCGGUACUUCUCAGACUGGUCGAACCCUUGGGUAAAAUAGUUAAGCACUUUCAAACUAAUACCCAACAUUAGCAACAACAAUUAUUGCAGCCUUGGCGAGGAGGAGAGCAUGCAUCAUUUUAUAUUUCUUCUCAAAUCGGUUAUAGUUGAAGUUCUCCAUUGUCUAACUACAUUAGUUGGCAAGCAUGAAAGAGAUACAGGCCUCGUUGUCAUAGAAUGGAUGCCCAAAACGGGAACCAAAACUAUGCUGUCUCGUCCUUCAUUCCACUCUUUUGAGAAGAGUGGAAGAAAAUGGGAAUAUGGCCUUUUGCUUUUGAAGAGGAAGUUUCUUGGAAGCUGCUUAUACACACUUUUAUAUCCCUGCAACUUAUACCAUUUGAGAAAAUUAGACUGCACCGUUUCUCUUAUCAUUGAAACUCUUUUCUUUAGGCUGCUAAGACCCGCUACCCAUCAACGCUGUUGGAAUCAAGAUAAGAUGCCAGUAGUUUCAUUGUUUACAUUAAGGCAGCAUGUCCAUUGUAUCUUCCUAUUCUCAGAACAGAUUAUCAAAAGCAAUGAAGUUGAGAAAGUGGACCUAAUUUUCAGUGUUGCUUGACGAAUGUGAUUAUUAUUUACUCUGAUGAUGCCCAAGCCAGUAUUUAACCCGUUUUUCUCUCAAGUCAAAGAAGCCUGAAAAUCAAAUCCUUUCAUCAUGUAUUGAAAUAAUUUUCCUUCUUGAAAUGGCCUUUUUAGUACUAAUUUGAUUAAUUUAAACGAUGAAUUUGAUCUGGAAAAGGUAAGUUAAAGCCCCGUGAUAUUCCAUGAUAUCCAGUUAAGUCCCUAAUAAGGACUCGAAAAGCAAAUUAAGAGUGACACCCAUUUGAAAUCAUAUUCGGCAAAAAGGUCACCCAACAAGUAAAGCUCGAACUCCUAGCCUCACUUCAGUAUUUUCUUAUCAGGAUUGAAAUAUUUGCCAACACUAUAGCUGGUUAUCUUGUUGGAGAUGGAAGAGCCAAGCCGUAAUCAUCUUGGGACUCACAGCUAAGGUUCACUUUCGAAAUUGAAUGGCGAAUUCAGUGACUUCCCAUCAAAGAUGAGAUGACAAUGUAGAUGACUCACAUCGUGACUAACCAUCCCUAGAUUGGCCUGGCUGAUAUUGUGAGUUCUAAAUAAAGUAAUGGACUAAUAGGGAGAGUUAUAUGCUUAUGCAUUAAGAUAAAUAAUGCUCUCAAUACCUUAUAUCCAUAACCAAGGAUCCUGAAUUCACUAAUUGUUCCUGAAUCUAUUACUGUUGCCAUGAAAUUCUUUGAAUUGUACUGAUUAUUUUCUUUGAGAAGUUCUUUGAAAACACAGAAAACAUUUUCUCAAAGUUUUUGACAACCAUGUGUGUGAUUGAUAGGCGCACUAAUGCACCUAACGUAAUAGUUAGAUCCUCUGAUAUAUCCAAAUUUUCUGCAUGUUCUGUUUAAUGAACUUUCUGUGUGCUCUUGCAUCCAAAGAUUGUCUGGAAAAAAAAUUGAAAGCAAAGAAGGCUUGGUAAUCAUUUUUCAAAGAGAUUAUUUUAUAUGUAAAGGGUACUUUGUCCAUCUGCUAAAUGCUUCUUUCGCAGAUCUUUCUCUUGUGAAGUGGAAAUAGAAAAUAGAAAAGUGCUUCCCCCUGCAUAUGGUCAUAAUGGUAAAAACUCUCCAAAUACAGAAACAUGUUCCUAUUAUGUGCAUAUGAGGUGCUUUCCCUCUGCGCACAUUGCGAUUAAGGUAAUAGAUUCAAAGAGAGGAUCAUAAAAUUGAUCUUCAUGUGUUCCCGUAAUUGGGAAGUAAAUCGUAACAUAAAGUGUAGUAAAUGAAUGAGAAGCCUGCAGAGUCAUGUCUGAAACUUUAAUAAAGAGGGAGCACAUGGUGGGUUGUCCAAUCUAUCACUUUGGAAACUAAUCAAUGGGUUUCUCUUCGUUGUAAAACUUACAGUGAAUGGUAAGAGAUGACUUGUAACUAUAAAUGCUGCACAUUAUUAUAAUGUCAAGUCCUUUUCCAAUAAAAAAUGGCAAUUUUCUCGUGUGAAUCGCUAUUCUCCUUGUACAGAUCAUUUUCCUCUACAACUAUUUCAUUAACAUGGAUACUCUUUAACAUGAAAUGUCGUCUAUCUGACUUAUUGUCAACAAAUCAUGACAUCUAUUACUUGUUCCCAAUAUAGCCCAUCUUCAGGGCCAUAUGUUCGAAUCCUGCAUUUGCUUCCUGAAGGUUAUCUAUUAGACUCGUGGUCUAACACUACAUUGGGUUUGUAAACUGAUGGAUUGCAUUUUUCUAAUUAGCUACCUCAGAUAUAAAGUUGUGUAAUGCGAUUUCUUAUUCCAAAAUAUUGAUCAUUCUUUCUGAGCUUUAUAACUCUCAGGAACUUGGCCGCGUGUUAUAUUCGUUUUUCUAUUAUAGGCUAUAUUUCACUGCAUAACAUGUUCUCUUACGGACUAUGUCUAUGCUCUUUCUGUUAUAGGGACUGGAAAAGUAUGUCAUGACAAAGUUGUUUAACCGUGCAUUUGCAUCAAUUCCAGAAGAUGUAAACCGUGAUGAUGAGCUGUAUGAGAAGAUGGCUUUGGUGCAACAGUUUAUACGACCUGAAAGUUUAGAUAUCAAGCCAACAUUCCGAAAUGAAACAUCAUGGUUGGUAAGUUGAGCAAAUUCUGCAGUACUUAAACAACCUUGUCGUAUUAAGUUUCCACUAUAUUUGCUAGUUCAUUGAUGCACUUAUAUGCUUAGUGAAGGAGUUCAGAAUGUCCAACUCAAACCCAGUCGGUCAAAAGUGGAGCAUGCCCAUCAAUUUCAACGUAGUUUUGUUCCUCCAGACAAUAUGGGGCUAUUUUAGCAUGCCCUGGUGCCAUAUGAAAUAGUUUAAACAACAGUAAGCCGUGUAGGCCGAUUAUUUUCUAUCCUUUGCAGAGUAGCAUAAGACGCACGUAUUUGACACUUUCACUUCUGUCAGCUGGGGAUUCUCGAAUUGCGUUUGGUAUUUGGAGUUCGAAACAUGCAAAUCAAGGCUUCAGAAGAAUUAGUUGUGUCAUCCUGAUUUUCUUACUAGAAAUCAGAUGUAACCUGAGAUGCUACAUUUUUGCAAUUAGAGUCCACUAGAAAGUUAUGGGCAACGGCGUUGACCAUAUAAGAUCAGCUUAUUUUUUGUCCGACUUUCUUGGAAAUAUCCGAACAUCUUUGGAAAUUGAUUCUUGGGUUAGGUGGAGUCUUAACUUCUAUAUCAGAUACAUUCUCUGGUUGUCCCCCCCCACUCUGUAUGCCCCCUCGUUUCCCACUAUUUUUUGAAGUUAAAUAUGGUAGACCAUCUCAGUGUGUUGCGAGAUCAUCUGAUCGUCGAGAAAACCCCCAUAAAAUCAUAUUUUAAUAUAACCCCAUCAGUGGAGGACUGGGUAUUCCAUAUUGUAGAGGGGAGAAACUCAUCCCUUCAUUUCGGGAAGGUUGAGGGUUCCGCAUUGCCUUCAGUGACUGGAGAUUCUUGGGAUCUGAACUCGUGCAUUAUCAGGAACAUUACUCACCUGGAGGCUCCCAGUCCAUAUUAUCCGCGAGCAAUUUUUUCACCGUAUUACUUGAUUUCAUGAAAGUAAUUAUGAUGUUUCUCUCUUUAUUUGAAUGGGCUCAUAUUCUUAUCUGAAUAAUGAUAAUUGGUGGAAAUGGGGAACCAGUUUGAUUGAUCCUUCCACCCUCUGUACUUGACUGGAUCGUUUGUCUAGGACAGUGAUUAUCAAUCCUUUGAUCUGGCUGGCUGCUAGGAUGGUCAAAGAAAUCAGUCCAUUGGGCUGCUCAAAUGUAGUUUAUUAUGGACAAAGAGUAAAAGAACGACUCACAAAAUUAUGAAAAUUAAGAUAAUCUUUGUACCUGCUUGGAGAUUCCUCGGGUGAGAUGCCAGAUCUCUCUCUCUCUCUCUCGAUCUCUCUCCCCUCUUUCUCCCUAUUUAUAUAUAUAUAUAUAUAUAUAUAUAUAUAUAUAUUUCUAUGCAUGAUCAAAGGGUAAAUUUCUAUCUGGACUAUGGUUUUGAUUUAUUUAUCAAUUUCUGUAUGUUUUUAAAUGUAUAUUCACAGUUUCCCUUAUUCCCUGGAAAUGAACAGCGAAUUUUUAUACUUGAAGGUGUGCACAUUAUGAGUGUGGUGGCGAUCUAUUUGGUGGUGGAUGACCAGCGUUGACUUUUUUUCCUGUAACCUUUCAGCUAGCUCAGAAAGAGCUGCAGAAGAUCAACAUGUAUAAAGCUCCGAGAGACAAGCUCGUCUGCAUACUCAACUGCUGCAAAGUCAUCAACAACUUGCUGAUUAAUGCGUCCAUUGCAUCAAGCGAUAAUCCCCCAGGAGCAGAUGAAUUCCUUCCUGUCCUCAUCUACGUCACGAUAAAGGCAAGACAUAUUUCCUCCCAGGGGUUUCCGUCUUCAUUCAUUCUUCUCCGUUGACCUCAUGGGAUUAACUCCACAUACUGCAUGUAUAUUGAUAUUUAGCGAGAGAGAGAGAGAGAGAGAGAGAGAGAGAGAAUGUGUUGGCCAUCUCACUGUACGUUCAUAUGAGAAAUCUCUCUCUAAUUCUGAAGAAGAUCUUGAUGUAACAUAUGUUUCACAUUCCCAAGAACAUUCUCUAUUGGAUGAUCUUUCACUGUUUUUCAUUUCUCCGGUGAAUAAUAUUAAUUUUCUUCAAUCAUUUAUUAAAAAUGAUUUCUUUUCGAUCCACACGAUGCAGGCGAAUCCUCCACAGCUGCAUUCAAACCUCCUGUACAUCCAGCGCUACAGGCGCCAAUCCCGAUUGGUCUCCGAGUCUGCAUACUUCUUCACAAACAUCCUCUCCGCAGAGUCCUUCAUCUGGAACAUCGACGCCAACUCCCUCUCCAUGGAGGAUGACGAGUACCAGAGAUGCAUGGAAUCCGCCCGGGCGGUUCUCUCAGGGCUGACCUCCGAUUUAGUCAACGAGUCGGCGCCGGUCAACCGAGAAGCAAAUGCCCAAGAACAGACGGAAUCGAGAGCUCGCAGAGAGCACGAGCGAACCAGGGUCUCAGUCUUGGAUCUGGUGAAGAAGGGUGCCGUUGACCUUAUGAAGGACGAUCAAGUCAACGAGUACUUCCAGGAGUACCCAUUCUUAUAUGCCAGAGCGGGUGACCUGACGGUCCCCGAUGUGGAAAGCCUGCUGAGCAGCUACAAGCAGCUGGUCCUCAAGUAUGUGUCUCUCUCCAAGGCCAUGCAUAUUACUAAUCCUUCGAUUCCCCUGCUCCUCACCCAAGGCAAGGAUUCUGAGAGCAAGAAGGAAGGAGAGACCCUCGAGAAGAGUUCAUCUCCAGAACCGGAGGUUCCAGAGGCCGGAUCCUCCUCAGAAGACCCAUUUGUGGACCAGAGCGUAGGAAAAGAGUGA